AUGCACAAAAAUGCCACGCCCGCGGAUAUCGAGGCGCACCCGAAGUUCGCUUCGCUCCAGAGCCGCUUCGCCUCGCAGGACCCGGAGUGGGAAAUACUCCAGCGGCUCGGGCCGGCGCAGGCGGACUCGCCGGCGCUGCGGCGCGCCAUCGUACGCCUAUUCUUCCUCUACACCUCCCUGACCGCGGCGCGGCUGCGCCUGCUUAUCAGCGAAUGCGGCAGCAGCAGAGAGGCGAUGGAGCGGCUGCUGCGUGAGACUGGGGUCCUACUCAAGCGGCUGAGCGGUGUGCAGACACUGCAAGGCCUUGCAGCCGGAUGCUUUCCACGGGAUGCGGAGACCGUGGAGGAUGCGCUCAGCUUCCUCGACGCGGGGGGGGGCGGCGAGCCCCCGGUGGAGGGGCCGCUGUGGCGCGCUGUGCGCGACUCCCAGCUUUGCCUCAGCGCCGCCUCGGCAGAGGAGGCGCUCGCACUCCUCCCCGCGGCGCGCUCGCUCCUCGCGGACCCGCAGCAGCACUCGGUCGAGGUGCUCGAGCACCGGAUCGCGGCACUGGAGGCAUUCUCAGUGGUGUCUCCGCGAGGCCACCUUCGCGAGGCCACGUCGGGUGGCCGGAGCCUUGCUGGCAAAGGAGCCGACCGCCUGCUGAGUGCGGCCUACUUCCCCGAUGACCCCCCCCCGCUCCAGCGCGCCAUUGUGCAGCUACACACUGUCUACAUGGGCCUUCUCCUCCUUUUCGCUGCGGCCUACUCAGACGUCACCGGCGAGGCGCCUCCGCUCUCCGAGUGGCUGGGCGACCUGCUGCCCUCGCUCUCGGAGUACGAGAGCAGCUUUGGCGUGGGCACGCCCGGGCUCGUCCCGUACAAGCGCAAGCAGUACGACGUGCCCGCCAACUGGAAGCUCCUGGUCGAGAACUACCUCGAGUACUACCACCUGCCGGCGGUCCACCCGGACUCUGCAACGAUCCCUCCCUUUCCGACGCUCCGGCCGCGCCACCAGCGCAUGGCGUACCACGUCGCCCUCUUCCCCAACACCUUCUUCUCCCUCUACCCCGACUCGCUGUUUCGGGUCAUCCUCUCACCGCACGGAGCGGGGCGCACCGUCGAGCAGGCGACGUUCCUCUCGCACCGCGCCGCCUUCGACGCGCCAGGCGGCGAGGCGGUCCUUGAGGACAUGUUUCAGUUUUGGGACCUGAUCAACACGCAGGACAUCGACAUCGUCAAGAAUGUGCACCAGGGCACGAGCACCCCCCUCUACACCGGCGGCCGCUUCUCGUUCCGGUUCGAGGAGACGCUGCACCGCUUCCAGAACAUGGUCAUCGACAAGAUGCUGGUCCACGAGCCGACGCGCUACCGCAUCCCCGACGACGACGUCGACUACCACGACCUGCUCGCAGCGCCCGACCCGCUGCUCCCUGCGGCCGCAUCCGGCUAG